AUGGCGACGGCGCCGCGCGAACCCCUCCCGCACGCCCCCCCCCCCCCCACUCUGGCCCCACUUGCGUCUGGCCCGGGAGGCGUGGGGCGGCAGGCGGCAGAGUCCAGCGGACGGCAGCGCAGCGCUGCGCGGGAGCGUCAGCUCCGGCCCCAGGGGAGCGAGACGCGGGCACCGGCCUGGGCCUGCGAGCGCCCCCUGCGCGCCUCCAUCCGCCUCGGACCAGACCAGACCCGCGGAGCGCAGAGGCUGCGCGCAGGGCUGGACAACCGAGCCCCUGCAGAGACCCUCUGCCCCUGCCUGGCUCCAUCAGAGACUGUCCCGGAACAGGGUGGGGGUAGCAGGAGAGAUGGCUUUCUAGAAGAGAUUGCCUCCAUGCAGAGAGAAUUUCUCUCCCUGGGGGAAGGGAAGCCUGACUCCUCUGCUCCUUUGGUCCUAGGGGAGCCCUCCCAACCUCCCAAUGGCAGCUGGCCCCAAAGUCAGAAUGGGAGUGAAGCUGAGGUCACCCCGGCUGCCAACCUCACCUUCUCCUCCUACUACCAGCACUCUUCACCGGUGGCCGCCAUGUUCAUCGUGGCCUACGUGCUCAUCUUCCUCCUCUGCAUGGUGGGCAACGCCCUGGUCUGCUUCAUUGUGCUCAAGAACAGGCACAUGCGCACCGUCACCAACAUGUUCAUCCUCAACCUGGCCGUCAGCGACCUGCUGGUGGGCAUCUUCUGCAUGCCCACCACCCUUGUGGACAACCUCAUCACGGGAUGGCCCUUCGACAACGCCACAUGCAAGAUGAGCGGCUUGGUGCAGGGCAUGUCUGUGUCGGCUUCCGUUUUCACGCUGGUGGCCAUCGCUGUGGAAAGGUUCCGCUGCAUCGUGCAUCCUUUCCGCGAGAAGCUGACCCUGCGGAAGGCGCUGGUGACCAUCGUGGUCAUCUGGGCCCUGGCGUUGCUCAUCAUGUGUCCCUCGGCCGUCACGCUGACUGUCACGCGCGAGGAGCACCACUUCAUGGUGGACGCCCGCAACCGCUCCUACCCGCUCUACUCGUGCUGGGAGGCCUGGCCGGAGAAGGGCAUGCGCAAGGUCUACACCGCGGUGCUCUUCGCGCACAUCUACCUGGCGCCGCUGGCGCUCAUCGUGGUCAUGUACGCCCGCAUCGCCCGCAAGCUCUGCAAGGCGUCGGGCCCGGCCCGGGACAACGCGGAGGUGGCGGCCGAGGGCGGGCGCGCGUCGCGGCGCAAGGCCCGGGUGGUGCACAUGCUGGUCAUGGUGGCGCUGUUCUUCACGCUGUCCUGGCUGCCGCUCUGGGCGCUGCUGCUGCUCAUCGACUACGGGCAGCUCAGCGAGCCGCAGCUGCACCUGCUGUCUGUCUACGCCUUCCCCUUCGCGCACUGGCUGGCCUUCUUCAACAGCAGCGCCAACCCCAUCAUCUACGGCUACUUCAACGAGAACUUCCGCCGCGGCUUCCAGGCCGCCUUCCGCGCCCGGCUCUGCCCUCUGCAGUGGGGCAGCCACCACGGCACCUAUUCGGAGCGGCCCGGCUGGCUCCUGCGCAGGAGGGUCUUGAUGGAGGUGCAGCCCAGCGACUCGGGCCUGCCGUCGGAGUCGGGCGCCAGCAGUGGGGCCCCCAGGCCUGGCCGCCCACCGCUGCGGAAUGGGCGGGUCGCCCACCAGGGCUUACCCGAGGAGGGGCCUGGCUGCUCCCACCUGCCCCUCACCGUACCAGCAUGGAACAUCUGA